CUGCGCAGGCUGUGGUGGCGUCGUAACGCCUCGGGGAAAGGGAAGCGGAUGGGACUGCGAAUCGCUGCCUCUGGCUUUUUAUUUUUCUGCUGACAGGAUUUGGUCACUGGUUCUUCAUCUUUUGUCUGUUGCACGCAUCCAGCCCUUCCCAUUUGCUUUCCCACUCCUUGGAUCCAGCCCUCUGGGCAUUCACGCCAGUUCUCUCACCCCGCCGUGAGCCCCUCCUGGUCCCCGGGCGGGCCUGGCACGGAGGCGGUAACUAUGGAGAAUAUGGCGGAGGAGGAGCUGCUAACGCAGGAGAAGGAGGAGGUGGAGGUGGCCCAGGUCCAGGUCCCGACCCCGGCCCCGGACUCGGCUCGGGUCCCAGCUCCCGCCCCGGAUUCGGCCCCGGCCCCGGACUCGGCUCCGACUCCGGCCUCGGCUCCAGCCCCAGCCCCUGCCCUGGCCCAGGCUCCGGCCCUGUCCCCGUCCCUAGCCUCUGCCCCUGACGAGGCUGAAAGCAUUAGUCCUUUGAAAUCAGUCUUAACUAGGCAAGAUGAAGAUGGCAUAUCUGAAAUAGAACUGAAAAAUGAGGAAAAAGUAUCAGAAGUUGUAAAAGAACCUUCUAGCAUCUUGGAUUCAUCUGAUUUAACAAAAGAGAGACACAUCUCAAUCCAGAGGCAGCUUGCUGAUCUAGAGAAGUUAGCCUUCGUAGCUGAAGAUUUUGACUCUGCCAGUUCAUUGAACUCAGAUAAUCUUGAUGCAGGAAACAAACAGUCUUGUCCAUUGUGCCCUAAGGAGAAAUUCAGAGCUUGUAAUAGCCAUAAGCUUCGUCGUCACCUUCAAAAUUUACACUGGAAAGUCUCAGUUGAAUUUGAAGGUUACAGGAUGUGCAUCUGUCACUUACCUUGUCGACCAGUGAAACCAAACAUUAUUGGAGAACAGAUAUCCAGUAAAAUGGGCGCCCAUUAUCAUUGUAUCAUUUGUUCAGCAACAAUCACCAGAAGGACCGAUAUGCUGGGACAUGUUAGGCGACAUGUGAAUAAAGGAGAGACGAAAUCCAGGUAUAUUGCUGCUUCUGCUGCAAAACCACCUAAUGAAAUUUUGAAAGAGGCAGACACAGAUGUACAAGUUUGUCCUAACUAUUCUAUACCUCAAAAAACAGAUUCCUAUUUUAAUCCCAAAAUGAAACUAAAUCGGCAGCUAAUAUUCUGUACAUUGGCUGCUUUGGCUGAGGAACGAAAACCUUUGGAAUGUCUAGAUGCCUUUGGAGCCACUGGGAUAAUGGGAUUACAAUGGGCAAAACAUCUUGGAAGUGCAGUUAAGGUUACAAUUAAUGACUUGAAUGAGAACUCUGUGACACUGAUUCAGGAAAACUGCCAUUUAAACAAACUGAAAGUGGUGGUGGACAGUAAGGAAAAGGAAGAGAGUGAUGAUAUUCUUGAAGAAGGAGAGGAAAACCUUGGUAAUAUUCAGGUGACCAAAAUGGAUGCCAAUGUACUGAUGCAUUUGAGAUCCUUUGAUUUCAUACACCUAGACCCUUUUGGAACAUCUGUGAACUAUCUAGAUUCUGCAUUCAGAAAUAUAAGAAACCUUGGCAUAGUUUCAGUGACUUCUACAGAUAUUAGUUCUUUAUAUGCCAAGGCACAGCAUGUUGCCCGGCGUCACUACGGCUGUAAUAUUGUCCGAACUGAAUAUUACAAGGAACUAGCAGCCAGAAUCGUUGUAGCUGCAGUGGCAAGAGCUGCAGCCCGAUGUAACAAAGGCAUUGAGGUACUGUUUGCAGUGGCUCUGGAACAUUUUGUGUUGGUUGUUGUGAGAGUUUUGAGGGGGCCUACCUCUGCAGAUGAGACAGCCAAGAAGAUCCAGUACCUGAUCCAUUGUCAGUGGUGUGAAGAGAGAAUUUUUCAGAAGGCUGGUAAUAUGGUAGAAGAAAACCCAUAUAGACAGCUGCCCUGUAACUGUCAUGGAAGCAUGCCUGGAAAGACAGCGAUAGAACUUGGACCACUAUGGUCAAGUUCCCUUUUCAAUACUGGAUUCCUCAAAAGAAUGCUAUUUGAAUCUUUUCACCAUGGUUUAGAUGACAUUCAGACCCUAAUAAAGACAUUAAUCUUUGAAUCAGAGUGUACUCCUCAAAGUCAGUUUUCAGUUCAUGCACCUUCAAAUCUCAACAAGCAAGAAGAAUAUGGUGUGUUUAUUAAAACUACAGAUGAUACCACAACAGAUAAUUACACUGCACAAGGAAAGAGAAAAGGUAAUGAAACAAUCACAACUUUAGCCAAAAGGCAAAAGACUGAUGUCAGUACUGAACAUCCUCCCUUUUAUUACAACAUCCACAGACACAGCAUUAAAGGAAUGAAUAUGCCAAAGUUAAAAAAGUUUUUGUGCUAUCUUUCUCAAGCAGGCUUUCGAGUAAGCCGAACUCAUUUUGACCCAAUGGGUGUUCGUACAGAUGCACCCCUGAUGCAGUUUAAAUCAAUCCUUUUAAAGUACAGCACCCCUACCUACACUGGAGGACAGUCGGAGGGCCAUGUCCAGUCAGCGUCCGAAGAUACAGUAGCUGACAGGGUUGAAAUGUCAGUGAAUGACAAAGCAGAGGCAGACAGUUGCGGAAGAUGGUAAAUGGAGAGGAGUUAUUCAGAUGUCCGUAUAGAUGCCCUCAUAGUUCUCUAUACCAACUGUAGUUCUUUUUCUAUUCUUUUAAUUCAGUGGUGUAAAAAUAAAAAACAGUGCUGUUUUCAUUCAGAAAAUUAGCAGUUUCUAACUUAGUUUGGGAGCUACGCUUUCCAGGUUUUUCUUACUGUAAAGAAAACUUAAAAAUUUUAAUGAAAACAUUUCAUAUGAAGCCAGGUUUAUGACUGAGAUCACCCCACCAUUUAGUAAUGCAGAAAACUUGCCCUUGCAAAGUGUUUGGAAUUUUAGGUCUGUUAUGGAAGCCAUCCUUGACUGUUCUUAAUCACACGUCUACUUAAGGUGAUUCAUCUUUGUUUUUGUUUGUAGCACACAAAAUGAAGCCAGAAGCCUUUUACAUAUGAAAUUACCCUGAAUAGAACAAUGUCCUUUCACAUCACUAAUGCUAUCUCACAAUUACAAAGCUAAAAUGUGUUCCCAAUUUUAAGAAAUCAUACUUCUUUCCAUUUUUUAACUUACUACUAGCUUUUGAGAAUUUAAGUACUUGCCUGAGAUAGAAAUACAUUUUUCUUAUAAGUUAGGUCUAGAUGACUCAAGUCAGAGUAUGAUUUUGUCAAAGUAAAUUGAGACCACUGUUCUAAUAUAAUUGUUCAUAAGCACUGAAAUUCUGAAGAGAGUUUUUACUGUAAAAUUGGGUGAUCUCAAGUGCCUCAGUUAAUGCACGUACAAUAUUCAUUUGGUUGUGCUACCUCUCAGAAGUAAAACUUGUCAGCGUAUGAACUUUUGAAAUGAGGAUUUUUGGGGGGGGUGGGGAGGGAUAGAUUUGUUUUCGGUGUGUGUAUGUGCUUUUUUUUUUUUUUGUAUAAGUAGCCCAGGCUAACAUGACUAUGAAAAUUGGUAGAAACUCCAUUAAUAAAUAUUGUUUUUGCUUCAUUUGAAUGUAAGAGUUUGGAUAAAAGGACUUGGUAUAAAGUUUAGAUUUUUCUCAAGGACUUAAUCCCUGUUUCCCCUUAAGUAUUUCUUAGAGGAAGUAACUUUUUACAAGUAUUAUUGGCUGGGGGGAUGGAAGAGGGAGUUAGAACAAAGAUCUUAAAACACUAUAUAAGAAAAAAAGCAAGGACGCCUGGGUGACUCAGUCAGUUAAGCGUCUGCCUUUGGCUCAGGUCAUGAUCCCAGGGUCCUGGGACCGAGCCCCACAUCAUGGUCCCUGCUCAGCUGGGAACCUGCCCCUCCCUCUCCCUCUCCGUGCCCUCCCGCUCAUGCUUGCUCUCUCUCUCAGAUAAAUAAAAUCUUAAAAAAAAAAAAAACACCCAUGACAUACACAAAAAUCCAGGGAGUGAGGUUAACACAGUAUAUCAGCAGAAAUAAAAAAAAUCUGUUAUUACAGCAUAGUUCUAGCAGAAUAUUUCUUUUCUCCCAUUAACAGAAUCAUGUUUUAUUUAAAGGAAUAGGUGAAAUGCAAGUUAGUUUCUAUAAUGACCAUAAAAAAACUAGUUCCUGGGCGCCUGGGUGGCUCAGUUGGUUAAGCAACUGCCUUCGGCUCAGGUCAUGAUCCUGGAGUCCUGGAAUCGAGUCCCACAUCAGGCUCCCUGCUCAGCAGGGAGUCUGCUUCUUCUCCCUCUGACCCUCCUCCCUCUCAUGCUCUCUCUCAUUCUCUCUCUCGCAAAUUAAUUCUUAAAAAAACAACUAAUUCCUGCCAAUUCAAAUUAUUACUCACAAAUGAGCACAAAAAGAAAUAAAAGUUACUAGUUACUUUGGUUUAUGUAGUUAAAAAUUACUAUAAAUCCAGAAUUCAAACCAGCACGUGGACCAUCUGAUUUAGUACAUAUUGUUAAAUUGAAUUAUCAAAGUUUGCUAAAUGCUUAUCAGCAUAACAUUUUGAUCAGUGAUAAAGUUGGGUUUUAUGCCAGGAGCCUAAUUUGAUAUCAAUAUUAAUUACUGUUAUUUAAAAUACAUCUAUUAAUUUCACAUACACAUAUUUUCCAAAGAAGGUAUGGUGGGAAGUAGUUUUAAGAACUCUGUUAAGGUAACAUAUCAACCUACAGAGGAAAUAAUUUUAAAAUUCCAAAUGCCACAUUAGCACCUUAUUCCUUUCCAUAACAACUGUAUUAGCUUAGGACACACAAAUGUUGACUGCAUUGUAAAGUAACAUGAAUGUAUCCCUCCAUUAAAAUUUGAUUAACACAAGAAACCAGUUUUUACUCUACCAUCAGGAAACCAGUGUGUUGACUCUGCUAGUCGCUUACAUUACUACUCUAACCAUACACUUGGGAUAUAGUAGGAGAAGGAAAGAAGAAAUUGGUUUGGGAGCCAGUGUGGUAGAAUUGCAUUAAAACUCCAUUUAUCACUUGAGUUCAGUCAAGACUCCACUCUGAACAAAUGUAUGAUGAUGUUCUGGUUUCCAGAAAGAACUGGAGACCAGUUUAGUAAUCCCAAAGGCCUAGGAAUCUCUUUCCUCAGUGCAUUAUUGUUCUGCUAAAUGGCCACAAGUUACUUUGGAGAAGGCUAAGAGGAAGAUACAUAUUACAUCUUUGUGAUGUUAUGGCAGGGUCCUUUACACCAAAGUGCUCUGGGAAUAUGAAUUAAAUCAGCCCUGGGAAUUGCUAAGGGAUCAUGACUAAUACAAUGGUUCCAGAUCUCCAUCGACAGAUAAAUGGAUAAAGAAGAUGUGGUAUGGGGACGCCUGGGUGGCUCAGGUCAUGAUCCCAGUAUCCUGGGAUUAAGUCCAGCAUCGGGCUCCUUGCUACACAGGGAGCUGC